AUGAGCUGGUUGAGUCUUCCAGAGUCCUUGAACACUCAUCAGGUCCGUGUUGAGGUCAAGGCUUGUGGACUAAGCAGCGUGGACCUCCAGUUGUGCAGAGAAAUGAAGAUGGAGAGAGAGCUGCUGUCAGUUGGCCGUGAUAUUGUGGGAGUCGUUAAAAAAGUUGGAUCCAAAGUGUCUCUAUUCCAGGUGGAGGAGGAGGUUGUAGGAAUUCUGCCUCUAGAUAGUCCUUUCUCAGGUCUAUGUGGAGUCAUUGACAUUGACGAACAUUAUAUAGUCCACAAGCCAGAGCAGCUGAGCGGUGUGACUGUGGCUGCAUCUCUUCGCGAUGCUGUAGCUGCGUACACCGCGCUGCACACCCUGGCUCACAUGGCAGCCAGACACAGUGUGCUUGUUGUGGAUGGUGCCAGCUCGUUUGGCCUCAUGUGCAUUCAGCUGGCCUGGUACCAUGGACUUAAGGUCUUCACCACCUCACAUUCGCCUCAAGACCAUACCUUCCUUGAACAGCUUCGACCCACUGUAGGUGUUCAGGAUCCCCUUGUAGUAAGAGUGAUUCCAGUCUACAAGGGCCCAUCAACUCUACUUCCCGCGAUCUUGGAGGAAACAGGAGGUCUGGGUGUGGAUAUAGUCAUAGACUCUGGAGUGCAUAUACACAAAGGGGAUGAAACUGAUUUUGUCCCCGAGAAACAUGACCUCAUUGAUGUGCUAGCUGUUGGAGGUCACUGGGUCACCUCUUGUUCACACCUGCAAUUGGAUCCUCCAGAUAGCAGUUACCUUCAUUUGAAGUCAGCCUCUUUGUCAUUUCUAAACCCUGAAGCGUGGACAGCUUCAUCAGCUCAACAAGGAAGAUAUCUUCAUAUUCUCAAGGACAUUGUAGAUAAAAUGUCUACUGGAGUACUGAGACCUCGGCCUGAAGAAGCAUUCCCUCUGUAUGACGCAACUGUUGCCAUGGAAACUCUUCAGCAAGACCCAAAGAGAAAGGCUGUGGUUAAACUCUCCUCGGAAGACUAA